AUGUUAGUAAAUAUAAAUUCUAAUGGUACACCACCUGCCAUUUCCAAUGAAAAUAAUGCUAGUAAUACUAAUCUUCAACCUAAUACUAAUACUAAUAAUAGUAUAAGCAACGGUGCUGCCAAUAUCAACAUAAAUGUCCCCGUUUCAAGACCAUAUUAUACGGGCAUUCCUCCUAUCGGCAAUCAAAUUACUGCGAAUACAAAUAUUGGUAAUGCUGGUGCUCUAGGAAUGUAUGCUUUACCUGUACCACAACCUCAACAGCAACCACAAACUUAUUCGCCCCAACAAGACCAACUAUAUUUGAAUAACACCAAUAGUACUCCUAUUUCCACUCAGAUUAACAAUAACAGUGUCAAUAAUAAUACUCCAGCGAUGAUAAAUCAGCACCAACAAACUUUUGCUCACCAAAUACCCGAACCAUAUUAUCCACCAAUCCAAACUCAAAUGAAUCAUCAGGCAAGUCUAUCAUUAUCUAGUAUUCCACAAGUAAGAAAUACUAGUAAUACUAAUACUAAUACUAAUACUAAUACUAAUACUAAUACUAAUACUAAUACUAAUACCAAUACUAAUAAUAAUAAUAAUACUAAUAAUAAUAAUAAUACUAAUAAUAAUAACAAUAAUAACAAUAAUGGAUUAUAUAGUAACUUGAAUUUUUAUCAAACACAGGCCCAAGACAGUAAUACGCGCUCAAUUUCUAAUUCGAGUAGUAUAUUGAAUAAUUCCACGGUUAAUAAUAGCAAUAACAAUAAUCCUAAUAACACAUCUACGUAUAUUCCUAAUAUCCAACAAAAUAUUUACACUUUGCCAAUCGUUCCAAAUACGGGUAUAAUAAAUAAUAGCAAUAACAGUAACAGCAAUAAUAUAAGUAGUACAUUAGAAUAUUAUAAUUCAAGAAGUACUUCCAUGCCUACUUAUGUAAAUAGCAUACCAUAUACCAUGAUUUAUAAUUCCCCAUAUAUGUAUUAUAAUAAUAGUAAUAAUAAUGGUAAUGAGAACAAUGCUAACGAAAAUAAUGUUUCUACGGACCCAGUGUAUGCAAAUAAUAAUAAUAAUAAUAAUAAUAAUAGUAAUAAUAAUAAUAAUAAUAAUAAUAAUAAUAAUAAUGGGGCUAUUAAUCAAUAUUCUCUGCCAUUAGGUUACCCUUUUUACAACAAUAGCAAUGUUAAAAGUAUUUCUUCGGAUCAUUUAGGAAAUCCAUAUAAUAGUAAUAAUAAUAAUAAUAAUAAUAAUAAUAAUAAUAAUAACAAUAAUAAUAUGAUAGAAAGUAGUUCUUCUGAUUAUUAUACCAAUCACAAUAAUAUCAUGUAUUAUAAUGCAAAUCCUUCAAAUUCCAAUCAAAUAUCCAGAAUUGAUAAUAAUAAACAGCAUCCAUUAUUAGGAUUUUACCAGCCAAAUGAUAAUGGUAAUUUUCGAUUAAAUUCUAAUGCACCUAGGUUUCCAGCUAAUUCUAGUAUUAAUAGUAACAAUGAAAAUACAGAUAAUCACAAUAAUAAUGUAGCCUCUGGUUUUACUACUACUACUACUAAUGCUAAUAAUAAUACUAAUAAUAAUGACAAAAAUAAUGAUGCUGGUAAUAGUAAUAGUGAUGUUACCAAUAAUAUACCACCAGUUAUCCCAGAUCAUAGAAAUAAUAAUAUCGCUGGUGCCCAGGCUUAUUCGACGAAUAACGUGAGCGGCACUACUGAAUUAGGCCAGUUGAAUACUAGUAACAAUACAAAGGAACGUGCCACAGGAGUCAAUAAAAUGAAUAAACAUAAAAUUAAUAACGGUAAAAGUGAUUCAACAAAAACAAUGGCGCCCACCACAGAAAAUCUAAAUUCUGAUAAUCUUGAUAUUAAUAGUAACCCUUCUCAAAAUAAUACACUAAAUUCAUCAUUAUACAAUCGUAUGCCCAAAGUAACGACAACUAUGUGGGAGGAUGAAAACACCAUAUGUUACCAAGUAGAGGCCAAUGGUGUUUCUGUUGUUAGAAGGGCAGAUAACAACAUGAUUAAUGGCACAAAAUUAUUGAAUGUAACAAGGAUGACGAGAGGAAGGAGAGACGGGAUUCUAAAGGCUGAGAAAACUAGACAUGUUGUUAAAAUUGGUUCAAUGAAUUUGAAAGGUGUUUGGAUUCCAUUUGAACGUGCCUUGCUUAUGGCUAAGAGAGAAAAGAUUGUGGAUUUGCUAUUUCCAUUGUUUGUUAGAGAUAUUGGUGUUGUUAUUAAAAAGUGUUCAACAACUUCCUCCCAAAAUUAUUCAAGAGAUAAUGCUAUCCAUAUCGGUCUUACAAAUAUCAAUCCCGUGAAUAGCAACAAUGGUAAUACCGGUAAUAUGGAUAAUUCAUAUAGUAUGUCACAGCACAAUGUAAAAUCGGCUAAGGUGGCUACAAAUAUUCACAUGAAUAGUAACAAUAUUAAGAAUAUUGUAAACACUACAAUGCCAGUUUCCAAUUCUAUUUUAAAUCCUUCCAUUUCAUCUGUGGAGCUUUCCAAUAAUACCAUUAAUGCACCUGCUAUAUCUACAGCUACAACAAGCACUAUACCCUUUAAUAAUAAUAUUAAUAACGGGACCACCAACGAUAAUAAUAAUGUUAGUUUUAGUGCCGGUAGUACUAGAACAAAUACUGGGGCAAGUUUCAUAAACACUACUGAGGAUGCCAUGAAUCGUGUCACAUCAGCGUCGUCAUUAUCUUCUGUAGAAUCCAGAACUAAACACAGCAAUGAAGAUUAUAGGAAUGAUAAUGAUGUUAGUGCUAAGAAUAGAGCUUUUUUAUCCACUGCCCAAAUUAUUAAUAACAAUCGUAUUAAUGACACUAAUGGUGCUGAUAAUGCUAAUAACAAUAAUAGUGUUAAUAAUAAUGUUGACAAUAACAAUGGUAAUAAUAAUACUGACAAUAAUGUCAACAGUAAUAAUAAUGAGGCGAAUGGAGUUAUUAAAACUAAAAAGGAGAUGAAAGUUUAA